UCUCAGACAGCUCUGCUACCUGAACCUUAGUUCAAACAUGCUUUCAUUUUUACCUAAUAUCCAUUUUGAGCUCCACCUCGUAAGCCUGGACUUAAGUCACAAUCGACUAGUUACAAUCCCAAAGGCUUUCCUUAGUCAGGCAGUACACCUUAAAAACCUAAUGCUUAACCACAACCAGCUGAAGAUCCUUGAUGUACAAGCUCUUCCCUUGUUAUUCCAUAAAGGUCAUACUUUCUGUCCAGCUGGGCAGAAUAAAAAUAGGUCCUCCUGCAAACUUGUGCUGCAUUCCAAUCCUUUUAUUUGCAGUUGCGUUAUCUCAGGGGUUUGCUAAAUUUCUCAGAGAAACUGAAUUGGAUAUCCCACAUCUCACCACACAGGUUCACUGUGCUUACCCAGAGUCAUUGUCUGGUGUGAACGUUCUCUCGAUUGACCUUCGCUCAUGCCAGGAGAUAUUUGGGGGAUUCGCUUUACUCUGUACUUUAUUGUUGACAUUGGCAGCAACCAUCAUUCCCCUCCUGAAGCAUCUCUACGGUUGGGACCUGUGGUAUUGCAUCCAGAUUCUGUGGACUGGACACAGAGGACACACUCCAGCUAAUGGUAACAUGACCGAUGACCAGUAUGAUGCAUUUGUGGUCUUUGAUACAAGUAACAAGGCAGUCAGAGAUUGGAUCUACAAGGAAAUGAUUGUGAGAUUGGAGAACAGGGGGAGAUGGCGCUUUCGACUUUGUCUAGAGGAACGUGACUGGUUGCCUGGAGUAUCGUGCAUAGAGAAUCUCCACAAGGCAGUUUACAGCAGCAGAAAGACGGUGUUCGUAUUGACUAGCCCUAGUGGCUAUUCUCAAUCAAGUGGGGUGGUCCGACAAGCCUUCCUCCUGGUUCAGCAGCGGCUUCUUGAUGAGAAAGUGGAUGUUGCAGUUCUUGUUUUGCUAGACUUCCUAUUCCCCAAGUUCAAAUACCUUCAGAUGAGGAAACGGCUCUGCAAAAAGUCAGUCUUAUCCUGGCCCAAGAACCCACGAGUGCAGCCGCUCUUCUGGAAUAACUUGCGUGUCGCUCUUGUCUCCGACAAUGUCAAAGCCUACAACAAAAAUGUCACAGAGAGCUUCUUCUAACAAGGCUAAAAUGUAAUGAGGAUAUGUUUUAUGAAGUCCUAUUGUUUUGUUUUUCACAUUUUUGCCAAAUGGGUUGUGGCUAAACAGAAUGUAAUUUUUCUAACACAUUUUAAAUGGUGAAUAAAAAAUGUAGUUUUGAUUUCUAGUA